AUGAUUUUAUUAAAAUUAAAUUCAUUAAUAAAUAUUCCUAUAUAUAUAGGAUCUGCUACUUCAUAUAGACAAAAAAAAUUUAUAAAUUAUAUUUAUAAAAAAUAUAAUAAUAAACAUUUUUUUAAUAUUUUUAUAAUUUUAAAAUAUUUAAGCAAAGCUUAUUUAUAUUUAUAUAUAUUAAGUAAGUAUAAUAGAUCAUUAUUAUUUUUAAAUUCUUCAAUUAAAAAUUUUAAUUUAAUUAAAUCUUUAGCUAAUCUUACAAAUAAUUUUUAUAUUAAUUUUUUUUAUAAGAUUGACUUUCUUUUUAAUUGAAUAAUGUUUAAAAAUAAAUUAAUUUUAUUAAAAUGAUUAAAACAAUUAUACACAUUUUAUUUAAAAUAUUUAUUUAAUUACUUACCUUAUAAUUUAUUGAUUAAAUUAUAUUAUAUAUAUAUAAAUAUUUUAAAAAAAUUUGGUGGUUUAGAAUACAUGCAAAAAUUGCCUAAAAAUAUUUUUAUUUGUAAUUCUUAUUCUAAUUAUUUAUAUAAGAAUUUAAAUUUAAAAAAUUUUCUUAUUAUAAGUAUUGUUGAUAUUAAUAAUGAAAAUACAUUAAAAAAUAUCUCUGUUAGAAUUAUAGGUAAUAAUAAAAGUUAUCUUGCAAUUAAAUUUAUUUUUAAUAUUUUAUUAACAGCUUUAUUACAUGGUAGUUUAUUUAAUAAAUAA